AUGAUUACAACAAAAGACAGCAUUAAUAACACUUCCCUUGAUCAUCAACAUCAUGUGCCUCCCCGAAGAAGGCAUGCUGUGGUUGAUAUUGAUCCAUACAACCUUCAUCAUAAAGAUGCUUCUGAAUUAAUAACAUCUGCAUCGUGGGCUUCAACCUCUCCACCCACCUCCAAUUUGCAACAUGAUGAUACCAACAAACUCGAAUCAACACAAAACCCUCCAAACUUGCAAUCACUUGAUAUUGAUGUCGAUGAUAAGGUGAAUCGUGUUUUAGUUGUAGAUGAUGACAGGGUGGCCCGACAGGUUUUAACAAAAUUACUUGAACAAUUAGGAUUUGAAGUGAAAGCUGUUGAGGGAGGAAGACAAGCACUUGAGGUGCUCCGAGAGGAAGGAAGUAAAUACAGGCUGCUGCUUGUCGAUGUGCUCAUGCCUGACAUGGAUGGACUUCAAUUACUUAAAAUCUUCAGACAAGCAUACUCUGAAGACAUGCCAAUUAUAAUGGUUUCUUCAAGCGAAGACCCCGAUACAAUUAAUCAAUGCUUUCAGAGUGGUGCAGAGGAUUUCCUUCAAAAACCUGUUCAACUAGAGAUUUUAAAAAGACGUGUGAAUAUGUGUCUUGAAGACAGAAUGAGAAGGAGGAAAGAGAAAGCCUAUCAAGAAAUGUUAAAGAAUGAACGAAUUAGUCGGAAAAAACUGACUCUCCGUGUUAAGGAGCAAGAAAAAGAGUUGGAACAAAUCAAAUCACAAAUGAGCAGUGCGGUUGAAACACCAAUGCAAGUAGUCAUGAAGACCAUUGCCGAUCUGAUGGAAGGAAAAUACUCUGUGGAAAACUAUAAGGGAGCUCUGAUAGCAAUUUUAAGAUCCUUAGGUUCGAAAGACCUUUACAAACCAGUCUUUUCUAACUUAUUGAAGAAAGGAGAAAUUGAUGACUCCACUCGACGAUGGCUUCAAACAGAAUUCAUGAAUGAGGAUACCAGCAAGUCGUCCAGUUCCCCAACUACGCCUGAGAAAAUCUCACAACCUUCCUCUGCUUCAUCCUUUCCAACUACUACUAACGAGAAAACACAAACUGCAUCUACUCUCUCACUUAAACCUCCGUCUCCUCAUCUCUACCAUCCAUUGAAUGAACAACAAACCUCUCUUUUGCACAAACAAGUCGAUGACAUUGUUACGAAAGCCAUUCCGGAAGAUUUAGGCAGUCAUACUUUCAAUGCUAUGAAGUAUACGAGUGAUGAACUGAUCCAAUUUGUGGUGCACAUGUUUGAAAGUUUAGGUCUCAUUGAUACUUUCCAAAUACCUCCAACAGAAAUUGUGAAUCUGCUACAAGUGGUUAAAAAUUCAUACCGCGAGAAUCCAUAUCACAAUUUUACUCACGCUGUUGACGUUACACAAUUUGUCUAUCACUGCUUACUCGUUGACAAGAUUUCCGCAAUGUUUACUCCACUCGAAAAGUUUGCCUUAAUUUUCGCAGGUACCAUGCACGACGUGUGUCACCCAGGAGUGAAUAAUAAUUACCUUAUUAAUAUUAAGGACGAACUUGCUCUCGUUUAUAACGAUGUGAGCGUUUUGGAGAAUCAUCACGCCUCUCAGGCCUUUUAUAUUCUCAGGAAGCACAACAUUUGUGCAGGUUUAACAAAGGAUGAAUUUAGAGAGUUUAGACGACUAGUCAUUAACACCAUUCUCUCGACGGACAUGUCCCAUCACUUUGAGAUUCUCACCAAAUUCCAAACUCGUCUCCAAACAGGUGUGACUCUCUCCAAAGAAAGUAAGGAAGACAAAUUGCAGCUUAUGGGAGUCAUUCUCAAAUGCUCGGAUGUGAGUAAUGCUGUUCGCCCAUUCCCAACUUCAGAACAAUGGGCCAAUCUCGUUCUCGAAGAGUUCUUUAGACAGGGGGACUCGGAACGAGAACGAGGUCUUCCAAUCUCACCUCUCAUGGAUCGCCGAACUGUGGAUCGUCCAAAAUCUCAACUCAAUUUCAUUGACUACAUUGCAGCUCCUUUAUUCAAUGCUCUUUUCACUUUCUGUCCUUCUCUCAAGGCGACUGUGGGAGAGACAUUGCAAAAAAAUAGAAGUCUGUGGGAAGAGAGAGCUUUGGCCAGCAGUCAUCACCAGCAACAACAACAACAACAAUUACUCACCUCUUUACCAAGUCAUCAACAACGAACUGGUACGAGUGGUAUGGGAAAUACUCAACAAGAGUCGCAUCAGAACACAGAUCAAGUUCUUGUAUCAUCAUCAUCAGCAGCAGCGUCCACAUCGGAAGGACCAAAAUCCUCCACAACAACAACAGCAAUACCUGUACUCAUGGGAACCUUACCGGAACAUUUGGCAAAAGCUAAAGGAUUUACCAUACUUCUCAUUGAUGAUGAGAGCCAACAAUUCGCGAAACAAAUCUUACCAAGUAUUCAAGCGCUCAGUUAUACUUGUAUCACAACAACCCCUUCACAGGCAACGUCGCAAAUCAAGACUUCAAAAGCGGAUAUUAUCAUCCUCAACUACGAUCUCGAGCAUAUCUCCGAAUUGGUGCCAAAAAUUAGACUCACGAACCCGAGCAUUCCGAUUAUCACCAUCUCUUCAACACCCAUCCAAACAGAUUGGUGCCAAGCAAGCUUUGUUCGCCCCGUGAAUGUUGUGGAUCUUCUUCACUCCAUUGAGCAUCAUAUUGAAGUGGCCUUAGACAAGGUUGAACCAAUCGAUAUGGAAAUUGCAUUGGAACAAACAGGAGGAGAAGAAGAGUUCUUGUAUGAAAUGCUCGAUGAAUUGAUCACAGCGGGAAGGGAACAAAUUGACAAGAUCAAACAAUCCAUCGAAACACGAGAUUGGGCAAAUAUGGAGCUCAACUCUCACUCCCUUAAAGGAUCCAGUGCACAACUUGCCUGUAAACCACUUUCACAAUCUGCUUUAGCUGUUGAAACAGCAGCAAAGAAUCAAAAUGACACAAACAUUCAAGCAAAGGUUUCGUUAAUCGAGAAACGAUUAAACGAUUUGGCUAACUUUGUACAGAAGAAGAGACAAUAA